AUUUAAAAAUAAAGAUAAAAAAAAAAACGAAUCUGUUCAGAAACUGGUCGCCAAGAAUAGGGGAAGCUUUUCAAAAUCAAAUAAAAGCGUGAGGUCUCUCGUUUGCAUCUUCCUCCUCUUCCUCUCCAUCUCUUAUACGAUGCCGUAUCACUCUUCUACCAAUCCUCUCGUCUAAACCAGGAUCCACCGUUGGAUCCGUUCACCUUCUUCCCCGUGGAGAUCUCCUUCGCGCCUGAGAUAAUCCAAGAGUUUUCAUGAUGCAGAGCCACCAUGCCUACUUUCUCUGCGAUUGCUUUAGAUAGAAUGAUAGAGCCAGGGGCAUCCACAUCUGCCAAUACCACCAUUCCAAGCACAAACUCUCAUUAUUAUUAUCCAAAGCCACCAAUAUCAAACGCGGAUAAAGCUAAAUCACUUAACGAGAGGAGGAGGACGUUCACUCGUCCUAAGAUGUCACCUGCUCUCUACGCCACUCCUGACGCAAUCCCGCUACCUAACUCCCCAUCUUCCUUCCCGCCGUCGCCUUAUAUCAUCAACCACAAGUCCCGCGGGCCGCCAAGGCUUUUGAAGAGCUCUUCCGAGGCUAAUGUGGCUUCCCAGCAGAAGACAGUGGAAGAUGAAGCUGCAGAGGUAAAGGCCUCACCUCGGAGGAAGUCUACUUCGUUCUCGUUUCCUGUAAGUGAGCCUACCGAUGAGGAUUUUGGUGGGGUUGUUGAUGGUCCUUUUGGGAGUUGGUCCAAUGGUUUAGAGCCUGUCACUGCCAAAGCGGAAAAGGAGAGUGAGUGUGAAGAUUUCUAUGACCCAGGUGAGUCAGCAAGCUUCACAAGUAACGCAGAGGUAGAGGUUGAUGCUGGUGAGGAAGGCUCACAAAGACUUGCUACACCUGUGGGAGAGUUUUAUGAUGCUUGGGAUGAACUAUCAACGGACAGUGGAAUGCAGAGUUCAGUUAACAACAUUGAAUCUGAACUAAGGGAGAUAAGGCUGAGUUUACUAAUGGAAAUUGAGAAGAGAAAACAAACAGAGGAAGCUCUAGAGCAGAUGCAAACACAUUGGCUGAAGCUCCGUGAGCAGCUGGCCCAGGUCGGUGUGUUCGUUCCUAUCGAUCCUACCACGUCAACCAACAACAUGAACCUAUCGGAAGAACUACGUUGCCAACUCGAGGUUGCUAGGUUUGUCUCGGACUCUCUAAGCAGAGGUAUGGCCAAGGCAGAGGCAGAGAUGGCGAUGGAAUCAAGGCUCGAGACUAAGAACUUUGAGAUUACAAGGUUGUCUGACCGUGUACACUACUACGAAGCCGUGAACCGAGAAAUGUCGCAACGAAACCAAGAGGCCAUAGAGGUGGCACGACGAAAGAGGCAGAAGAGAAAGAAGAGGCAGAGAUGGAUAUGGGGAUCAAUCGCAGCAACCAUCACUCUAGGAAGCGCGGCGUUGGCAUGGUCUUACAUUCCUACUGCAUCAAAACCAUCAUCCGAAGUAUCACAAACUCUUAAGGAUGAUUAAGUAAGCCUCUUGUCUUGCUUCCAUAAUGGGUGUUUGAUAUGAGCAAGAGAAAUAAGAUACAGGACGUUUAGCACACGCCUUGUGAAUAGAAAUAUAUACAUGUUUGGUUAUUGUUUUAACCGUUCAAGAUGAUGUAUAGCUUCCAAGUAGCUGUAAUACACAUGUUUUUUUUUAUUACGGUGGCAUACUUAAGUGGAAGCCACAUUCACUAAUAUUUUGGUUCGUGUUACCUGUUAUUAACAUUCAAUGUUAGCUCUCUAGUCUAAGGUGCUUGACCUUGCUA